AUGUCUUUUGACAUCAACUGGGAAACACUACGAUCUGAUCCUCAAAUUAAUGAUUCAAUAGCAGGGUUUUUACAAGAUCAAUUUGAUAAUUUAACAUUACCUUCAUUUAUUUCAAAUUUACAAGUAAUUGAUUUUAAUUUAGGAGAUAUACCACCUGAGAUAACAAUACGACAUAUUGGUGAUCCAUUUGAAGAAUUUUUUAAUGAAAAUAAAGAUGAAACUGAUAAUAAUCUGAAAGAUCAACCGAGUUUCAAUAAACAAAACGAACAAAAUGAUGAUGAUUAUGAUUCUGACGAUGAUGAUGAUGAUGAUGAUAAAUUAUCAACAAUUGCAGAUGGUUUAACCAUGAUGGAUUUAACAACUAAUACUAUUGCUUCCAAUGAUGAACAGAAUCUACAGAGACCACCAAUACUACCUAGCUCUACAACUUCACUUGGUCCUCCUACCUUAACAAGAUCAAAAGAUUCAUUUCAAACUAUUUUAGGAGUUCAAGGUAUAUUAGGAUCAAAUAAUCAAACAAGUGGAAGUGGAACAGAAACCCCAAGUCAUUUUUUAAAUCAACAAAUCUUAUCUUCAAGAGUUAUCCCCAAGAUCAUAACAAAAGAUCAAAAACAAAUUUCAGAAAAAAAUGUUAAUGAUAUACAAUUAAUUGUUGAAAUUAAAUAUAAAGGAGAUUUACAUAUAGAUUUAUUAGUAACAUUAUUAGUUAAUUAUCCUUCACCAAAUUUUAUAUCAUUACCAAUAAAAUUACAUAUUACUGAUCUUUUCAUUCAUUCAAUAGCAACAAUAGCAUAUUUAAAUAAUUCAGUAUUUUUUUCAUUUUUAUGUGAUAUAAAUGAUGAAUUAGAAACAACUUCAAAUAUUCAUACACCUCCAGCAGGUGGUGGUGGUGGUGGUAAUUUUGUUGAUUAUUAUUUUAAUGAUUCAAAUAAUAAUAAAGAAAGAAUUGAUAUUUUAAAAAAGAUUAGAAUUGAAAGUGAAAUUGGUGAAGUUGAAAAUAAUGUAUUGAGGAAUGUUGGUAAAGUUGAGAAAUUUCUAAUGGAACAAUUAAGAAAUAUAUUAAGAGAUGAAAUUGCAUGGCCAAGUUGGAUUUGUAUUGAUUUAAAUGAAGAAGAUGGUGAAUAG